AAAAAAAUCAAGCUGAAAAACCGAAUGACCCUUCUCGGCUGCCGUCAUAACUCCGGUUGUAUCAUCUCUUCUAUUUUCUAUCUCGCGACUUGCGUACCUCUAAACGCAAUUUCUCUGCUUCUUUCCCCGGCCUGUUUCCCGGUUGACAUGUCGGAACAUAAUGCCGGCUCGGCGGCCCCUCCUGGGGGGCAGGCAGCUCUUGGUAAUGGGGCAGGCGGCAUCAAGAAGGAUGCGUUCGCGGACGCGGUGCAGCGGGCCCGGCAGAUUGCAGCUAAGAUCGGGGGUGAUGCUGGUCCUCCCAUUACCAAAAGCUCUGCAUCAGAUGGCUUUCCCUUCACUGUACAGAAACGACAGCUGGAGGAUGCAGAUGAACCAGAGAGCAAGAAGCUGGCUACACAGACUGACCUGGAAUCGGCCAAAGCUUUGUCUAUCAGUGCACAGUUAGCUGCUCUUGCACAGCAAAGACCCAUCUCCACGUCAGAGGACUACAGCGUUCCAGACAGUAUGGUGGGACUCAUUAUUGGUCGUGGAGGUGAACAGAUCAAUAAGAUUCAGCAGGAGUCAGGUUGCAAGGUUCAGAUAGCUCCAGACAGCGGAGGCCUUUCAGAGAGGAACGUCUCUCUCACAGGGUCCCUCGAAUCCAUACAGAAAGCCAAGGGGCUGCUGGAUGAUAUAGUGUCACGAGGAAGGGGUACACCACCUUCUUCUUAUCACGAGUCCACCAACGGGCAAAAUGGUACAGUUCAUGAGAUGAUGAUCCCAGCAGGCAAGGCUGGUCUUGUCAUUGGCAAAGGAGGGGAAACUAUCAAGCAACUUCAGGAGCGCGCUGGAGUGAAAAUGAUCCUGGUCCAGGAUGCUUCUCAGGGACCGAAUGUCGACAAGCCUCUCCGCAUUAUCGGCGAUCCAUACAAAGUUCAGCAAGCUCAGGAAAUGGUGCAGGAGAUUCUGCGGGACAGAGAUCAGGGUGGCUUUAAUGAAAGACCUGAAUUCAGCUCCCGAAUGGGAGGAGGCAUGGAUAUCCCAGUUCCACGACCCUCAGUCGGAGUAGUCAUUGGGCGCAACGGAGAGAUGAUCAAGAAAAUUCAGAAUGAUGCUGGUGUUAGGAUACAGUUCAAACAAGAUGAUGGGACUGGCCCAGAUAAGAUUGCUCACAUCAGUGGUCCACCGGACCGCUGCGAACAUGCUGCCCAGAUCAUCAAUGACCUGCUGCAGAGCAUCAGGGUCAGGGAGGAGGGACAAGGGGGUCUCUCAGGUCCUCCAGGUAUGCCUCCUGGGAACAGGGGUCGAGGUGGAGGCCAGGACAGUUGGGGUCCUCCUGGAGGUGAAAUGACAUUCUCUAUUCCUGCCCACAAGUGUGGGCUUGUGAUUGGCCGGGGAGGAGAGAACGUCAAGGCCAUCAACCAGCAGACGGGAGCCUUUGUCGAAAUCUCACGACAGCUUCCCCCUGAUGGAGACCCUAACUUCAAACUGUUUAUUAUCAGGGGGUCACCGCAGCAGAUCGACCAUGCCAGGCAGCUCAUUGAAGAAAAGAUUGAGGGUCCUUUGUGUCCUGUGGGUCCAGGACCAGGUGGACCAGGUCCUGCUGGUCCAAUGGGUCCCUACAAUCCCAACCCAUACAACCCCGGUCCUCCUGGACCCCCUCAUGGUGCUCCUCCAGGCCCACAUCAGUACGCCCCUCCAAGCUGGAGCAACACCUACCAGCAGUGGCAGCCACAGCAUCCCCAAGACCCCAGCAAGGCAGCAGCCAAUGACCCCAACGCGGCCUGGGCGGCCUACUAUGCUCAGUACUACCAGCAACCAUCAGGCGCUGUGCCAGCACAAUACCCUGCAAACCCAGCUGGAGGUGCCCAGACGUCAGGCGAUCAGGGCCAGCCUGCACAGACACCAGGAGGCCAGCCGGACUACACUAAGGCCUGGGAGGAGUACUACAAGAAGAUGGCCCAGACAGGUGGCUCAACACCUGGAACGGCAGCUCCAGCUGCAGCAGGGGGUGCAGCAUCUACAGCAGGAGGUCAGCCGGACUACAGCGCAGCCUGGGCAGAGUACUACAGGCAGCAGGCUGCUUAUUAUGGCCAGACAGGGCAGGCCCCCAGCCAGUCAGGCACUCCUCAGCCAGGACAGACACAGUGAAAGUUAAUGGAAGGAGGUCUCUGAUGAUGGAGAGGAUCAAGAAGAAAGGUUUAAGAAGAGGACCCUGAACUUAAGGCCAGGAUCUAGCCAUUUAAGUUAAAUAUGAUUUUAAUUAAUAGACUGACCAUCGCUGGAAUACUUUUUAAUAGAAAUGUGAACUGAACAAACCUGCAGGGGUUUUGCUGCAGACUUGGUCAUGUCGAAUAUAAACCCUUUGCAAAGCUUCUCAACACUUCUGCAGACAUUUUAAGAUACACUAAAGGCUUGAAACACAAUACGUUGAUCUGCUGUUUCUGUUAACUGUGCAAGUCUCAUUUUAUAGCACUCUCUUUCAUAUCCUAAUACUAUACAUUACACAGAGCUCUUAGACCUGUAACCUUAUUGUCUAUCUGGCCCAGAUGAUGCUUUAGAUAAUUGCACAUAAUUCACGAAGUAUACAUUUUUUAUAUCAAAUUGUCAUAUUUCUUUCUUCAAAGGCUUGUAUGAAGUCUUGACUUUUGAAAUCUGGGUCUUUCUUUUCUUUUAUUUAUAAUUAAACUGUUCUACAGUGUUUAAUUUUUGCAUGUGGUAUAACAAGAUGAAAGCUGCUAGAAGUGAAGAGAAAAAACUAACAAAGAGCAGGGAUAUGCUCCACUUGUGGAAUCGCUAUAGUCAUAUCAUGAACUGUGUGGAGCAGAAUCCUCGAAGAUGCAGAAACAUGACUGAGGAAUGAGUGUCUUUGUACACAAAAGGAAAAUAUAGUAUGAGUGUAAAGCCUGCAGAAAAUUUACUUUACAUGAUUGUUUAAUCUAAAUGCAGUUACAUCUCUUUUGCCUCUUGAAAUGUGCUAUCUGGAAAGUGUUUUCACCCAUAGCCUGCAUUGUCUUACAGUGGACAGAAGGGCAAAAAAGAAAGAUAAAUAUUUGGCCAGUUUAGUGUGAAUAACAGUUAUUUUUACAGUUUGGAAAAGCAAUUGUCUGGGCAAUGCUUGCUAGCAGUCACCCCAAUAAGACAGUAACAUAUUUUUGUAGUCUUUUUCAUGUGGAGGUUUUGCCAGCCUCUAUAAUGUACAUGGCAGAGCUCUGCACUGAUGACAUGUUGUAUAAUUAAAGCCAAGCCAUGUGGUUUUGUUGCAUUUUGAAGUGCCAUGUAAUUCUCUGGUACUUUUUAACACCCUUUUCCUUUUUAACAGUCUUUUUAUUUGCAACAUAAUAAACUUUAGUCUUCCAAUUUGUCCUACGUUAUCAAAUAUUGUAUAUAGAUAUAUAGUAAGCAACAUGAGGCUGAUGGUUUUCAUUUACGGGAUGUUUUUGGUCUGAUUCUGUAUUCUGAAUGGCAGCUAUGAGUCUUGCCUUUGGUUGAACUGUUGAUACUGUUAAUGGAUUAUCGCCAAGAGAAAUAUCUGGAAUAAAAAAGGCAAUUAUUUUGAAUUGUUCAUUUACUCUUUUUCCCCAAUACAAGCACAUAGCACAGCUGAGCUAUUACACCACUAGAUGUCAUUGUUUGUCAGAUUAAUUGGCAGCAAAAAUAUGAAAGAUGUGAUGAGUAAAAAUAUCUUAAGGGAUUUUGUCUUUUGAAUUAAAUUAUUCUCCAACUA